AUGAAUAUUCAUUCCACCACGCAUACGGCAAGAUUUGUCAAUAACAAUAUCACCAUAUCGGAAGAAGCCGAUGUGAGGUUGACACUCAGCGAUGAAAAAGAUACGGAUGAAUCUUCGAUUUUGCUUUGCCCUGGAGAGACCAAAAGAAAUUUCACUGGAAAGAUUAUCUGUGUUGGACCUUAUGAGGUCUAUUGUGAAAGGCCCUGGCAGCUAUCAGAGGAUGUGGAAUUCGAUGCUAAUAAGGAUGUUACCGUGAGGGACGAAAGUGAGUAA